AUGUGGACGUCCAUCACGCAGGAGCAGAUCAACCAAGCGGCCCUCGAGGCCUUCUUGCCGGUAGUGCUGCUGCUCAACUACACGCUCCUGAUGUACCUCGCGGUGUUCUACUGGAAGCGCCGACGAGAGCGACGCGUGAUGCUACUGUUGUUUGUCGGAACGCUGGGCACUGUCGCUAUCAUUCCCUUCGCGCGACCGGAUCACGACUUCGUGGAAGCCGUCAACGACAUCUCGGAGGCUUGCUGCGUGUUGACCUUCUUACUGCAGAUCACCAUCAUCGGCUACGACCUGAACAAACGCUUCAAAAUUCGCUCCGUCAUACAAGGGGCAAGAGAUUUCAAACGUCGCGGAGAACCUGAACCUCGCAUUCAUCUUCAUUUUCCGCUUCUACUACAUCGGCAUCUCGCGCGGAUGGAUGAGCAUUUGGAAGACGCGCAAAGUCGAAGUGUGCUACUACCUGCUCUUCGCCACCCACGAAAUGCCGUUUAA